AUGCCUGGAGCCUGGGUUCUGCUGCUGCUGCUGGGCCUCAGACUACAUCUGUCCCUUGGCGUCAUCCCAGUGGAGGAGGAGAACCCAGCCUUCUGGAACCAAAAGGCAGCCAAGGCCUUGGAUGCAGCCAAGAAGCUACAGCCCAUUCAGACAUCAGCCAAGAACCUCAUCAUCUUCCUGGGGGAUGGGAUGGGGGUGCCCACGGUGACAGCCACUCGGAUCCUAAAGGGACAACUGGAUGGCCACCUGGGACCUGAGACACCCCUAGCCAUGGACCGCUUCCCAUACAUGGCCCUUUCCAAGACCUACAACGUAGACAUGCAGGUUCCAGACAGCGCAGGCACAGCCACAGCCUUCCUCUGUGGGGUCAAGACUAAUUACAAGGUCAUUGGCUUGAGUGCGGCAGCACGCUUUGACCAGUGCAACACAACGUGGGGCAACGAGGUAGUCUCUGUGAUGCAUCGAGCCAAGAAAGCAGGGAAGUCCGUGGGAGUGGUGACUACCACCUCGGUCCAGCAUGCCUCUCCAGCUGGGACCUAUGCACACACGGUGAACCGCAACUGGUACUCAGAUGCUCAAAUGUCUGCCUCGGCACUGCAGGAGGGCUGCAAGGACAUCUCCACCCAACUUGUCGUCAACAUGGAUAUUAAUGUGAUCCUCGGUGGUGGCCGCAAGUUUAUGUUUCCCAAGGGGACACCAGACCCUGAGUACCCUGUUAACACGAGCAAGGCUGGAACUAGGCUGGAUGAACGGGACCUGGUACAGGAGUGGCUAGCGAAACACCGGGGGGCCUGGUAUGUUUGGAACCGCACAGAGCUCAUUCGGGCGUCUCAGGACCCAUCUGUGACACACCUCAUGGGCCUCUUUGAACCUGAACACAUGAAAUAUGAGAGCCAGCAAGACCACUCACUUGACCCGUCCCUGGAGGAGAUGACAGAGGUGGCCGUGCGCAUGCUGAGCAGGAACCCCCGAGGCUUUUAUCUCUUUGUGGAAGGGGGCCGCAUUGACCAUGGUCACCACGAGGGCAGAGCUUAUCAGGCACUGACUGAAGCUGUCAUGUUUGACUCUGCCAUUGACAAGGCAGACAAACUCACCAGUGAGCAGGACACGCUGAUCCUUGUCACCGCUGACCACUCCCACGUCUUCUCUUUUGGUGGCUACACACUUCGGGGGACCUCCAUCUUCGGGCUGGCUCCCUUCAAGGCUCAGGACGGCAACUCCUUUACCUCCAUCCUGUAUGGCAACGGCCCUGGCUACAAGCUGCAGAAUGGUAUCCGGCCUAAUGUCACUGACAGAGAGAGCCGGAACCCUAUGUACCGGCAGCAGGCGGCUGUGCCCCUCUCCUCAGAGACCCACGGUGGUGAGGACGUGGCAAUAUUUGCACGUGGCCCGCAGGCGCACCUGGUGCACGGAGUGCAGGAGCAGAAUUACGUCGCGCACAUCAUGGCCUUUGCUGGCUGCCUGGAGCCCUAUACCGACUGCCACCUGGCGCCCCCUGCCGAUGAUAGCAGCACCGCCCACCAGGGCUGGACCCCCUCACUGCUGGCGGGGUCCCUGACGAUGCUACUGGUGGCCACUGAACCCUGA